UGUACUCCACACCCAAAUAUACUGUAUAUCUUUUCUCAGAGAUUGUGUGUUUUGCAUUUGCUGCAACAAAACCCAGUGGACACAACUCAAUAGAACCGCACAGCCAUUUAUCAGGAACACAUCUCCAAAAGGAAUCAGAACAGCUCAAAAUUCAAAAUGGAUGACCUGAAUGAACUACCCACAAAUGUUGGUGAAUGGACUAAAGAUCAUGUAAAGUUAUGGGUGACAAAGCAACUAAACAUUGAUUUAAACGAAGCAGAUAUUUUACACAAACAAAAUGUGACAGGUGAAGUUUUAAAAAUAUUGCUUAAGAAAGACUUUAUUGAAAUGGGGAUUACUCAUGGGACUGCAAUAUUAAUAACUAAUCGCUUAAAAUCAAUUACAAGCAAUAAUGUUCCACAGACUAGUGGAGGUUUGGAUGCCAAAUGUGGACAAACUAAAAAAGGUGGAGGAAAAACUAAGCAGAAGAACGGAACAAAGCAAGAUACAAACACGUUGAAUGAUGAAAGCUUUGAGACAAAUGAAACGAAUGAAGGUGAAAAAUCUAAAGAGUUUGGAGAGACUGAUCAAAUUCCUUCAAAAGUUAGUUGCACGCCCUAUUCUUUUGAUAGGUACCAUGAAAGUAAGCGUUAUAUACAGCAUCAGUUCCUUCAACCGGAAUCUGGGACAUCAAAUUAUAUGGACCCAGUACAUGAGUAUAAAGAAUUUACUAACACAGCAAAUGCAACAGAAGAUGAUAAAAAAAUGAAGUUUUGCAACGAGGUGUUUAGAUUUGCAGCUGCAUGCAUGAAUGCCCGAACAAAUGGUACAAUUCAUUUUGGAGUACGGGACAAGCCACAUGGGGAAAUAAUUGGUAUACAAGACGACAACCAUGAAAAAUAUAUAAAGUAUAUUGAACAGAUGAUAAGCAAAUACUUUGAGGAAAGGCAUGUAAACACAGCUAAACAAUGCAUUCGCCCACCUAGAUUUGUUGAUGUAUUAUCUGGUCAGAAUACAGUGGUUAAUAGGGUUGUCAUUGAAGUAGAUGUUGUUCCUGCACAUUCCCACUGCAAAGAACAAAUAUUCUGUACUCAUCAGCAGGAUCUCAUAGAUGAAACGUGGAAAAGAAGUAAAGAGAUGUCUUGUUUCAUUAGAGAUGGAGAAAGUUCCAAAAAUAUAUAUCCAAAUGAACGAAACAAUAAAUCCGAUAUGGCGACUUUUGCUUCUGAAAUGAAGUUAAGAGAUAAUGAUAGAAAAAGAGCUGAGGAAAUUCACAAAGCAAAACCUUUGAAAGCACAAAAAGAUGGUCCUAAACUUGUAAGACUAAUUACAGGCAACCGAGAUGUGUUGGACAAUUCUUACUAUAAAUGGUACAUUUUGGUUGCAAACAAAAGCCAUCCAAGUCAAACAAACCAUCUAGAAUUUAUGCAUGAAUUAAAGUGGUUUGCAGUUUUGGAUUUUGACUCAGAAUCCCUAAUAAAUGGUCUAUGCAAAUCCUACAAAGAUAAACGAGGAGCAAAUUUGCACUUCCCAGAUCAAUAUCAAAACAUGGACAAUAUAUCAUGUGAAAAACUUGAAGUUCUUAAACUCUAUCAACAAACCAGUUGGAUCUUCUGUAAUGGAAGGUCAGAUCUUGAUAGCAAAGAAUAUGAACCUUUAAAUUACAGGUUGUGGCAAAAGGAAAAAGCUGCAGAGGUUAGAAGGCUGAUAUCUUUUCUUUCACGAAAAGACGUACUGGAACGUGGGAGGUUUCUUGUUGUCUUUCUGUUACUCUCUCCUGUUGAGGACCCUGCAGAUCCUAUGAAUGAAGCAUUUAGUACAUUUUAUCAAGAACUCGGUGGGAUGAAUGAUAUUCUGUGCAUUUGUGAAAGUGAACAAACCUUUCAGAAAUGGAGAGAUCUACAGGCAAGACUAGUUAGUGCAGAAGACAUUGACGAAAGGUGUAUUUAUUAUCUGGACAUCAAGAACAUAAAUGGAACAAUCCUGAAAUUGAAGUCUGUGAUGCAGUCGGAUCAUCGCUUUUUGCCUUCACAUGGGUCGUCUUCAAUUGUUCUUCAAAAGAAAGAUGAAGAUUUAAUGACAUGUUUGGACAUUCUUUGCUCAAAUGAAUGUCAGGAUGCAGAAAUAGAGAAAAAUGAACAGGAAUUUAAUAAGUUCAAGACCACUCAAGAAGAACAUUUUUACAAAGGAGGAAAAGCAUCCUGGUGGAAUUUCUAUUUCUCAGCUGAAGGCUACACUGGGCCAUUUAUCAAGCGAGACGUUCACGACAAAUUAAAAGAUUUGAUAGAAACAUGGUCUCAGUGUGAUAAGCAAAUAAAUGUAAAAAUAAUUACCCUCUAUCAUCACCCUGGCUGUGGGGGAACAACUUCAGCAAUGCACAUUCUUUGGGAACUAAAAGACAAAUUCAGAUGUGCAACUUUAAAAAGAAAAACAGACAACUUUACAGACAUCGCCAAUGAAGUCACACAACUUGCCAUUUACGGUUCAAACAGCACAGAUUAUUUCCCUGUGCUACUUCUUGUGGAUGAUUAUGAAGAGAAUGAAAAUUUAUAUGUCUUGCAGAAUCAAAUCCGAACAGCCAUAGCUGAAAACUGCAUAAGGUAUGAAAAACCAGUGGUGAUCAUUUUAAACUGUAUGAGGUCUCAGAAUCCGGAAGAAAGUUCAAAGACAAAUAGCUCCGAAAGUGUAUCGUUAAAGCAUAAACUGUCACCUCUGGAACAGAAAUCCUUUAAAAUGAAAUUAAGAGAGAUUGAGCAGCAACAUGACAAGCCUGAAGAUUUCUACUCAUUCAUGAUCAUGAAAACCGAUUUCGAUGAGAGCUACAUAAGAAAUGUUGUAAGAAACCUACUGAAGGGCCUACAGACUACGAGUAAGGAAGCAGAACUCAUCUCCUUUCUGGCCUUACUAAACAAAUAUGUCAAAAAUUCCACAAUUUCUGCUUCAAUGUGUGAGGAGUUUCUAGGAAUAACAACUGCAACACAAUCAUUUUGGGGACGAGAAAGUAUAGAGGAUAAAAUGGGCAAACAUGUUACGAUAUUAAUCCGCACAGAAGUUGAAGAAUAUGGCAGGUUUGAAGGGCUACGCAUUAUACACCCUCUAAUUGCACGUGGCUGCAUUGAAGAGCUAAAAACGACAUACAACCUACAACAAAGCAAAAUUAUGUUACAACUUUUAAAUACCAGUGUGUUCUAUUAUUCUCAAAUUGGCAAAGAGAUGUUUUCACAAAACAUGCAAAGUAUGCUGGUUACGCGGCACAGAAAAGAACAUGGCGACGAAGCAGAUACAUUGUUUUCUCCUUUAAUUGAAGAAAUACAGAAGGAAGAAGGGAAUGAAACCGUGGAAAGCAUUCUGAAGGAAGGAUCAAGCCGAUUCAACCAAUAUCCAUACAUUUUCCAAGCAUUAGCAAGGCAUUACUACAUAAGAGAGAAAAACUUCAUCCUUGCUCUACAAUGUGUGGAAAAAGCAAAGAAAAUUGCACCUCACAACUCCUUUGUACUUGAUACAUUUGGCCAGAUUUACAAAACUCAAUUAAAAAGCAUGAUGGACGGAUAUGCUAAAAACCAUUCCAUUACACCAACUGAACUGAGAAGUCUGCUCGACACAGCUGUUUUGGCCUCAGAUGCUUUUUUGGACUGCCAGAAACAAGCAAAAAAGACAGAAGAUGAAAGAGAAGAAUCAGAUUCUACAAAAUCUAAACGAUAUAACGUGUUCAAUACAGCAGGAUACCUUGGCCAUAUUGAGGUCUGUCUUUAUACAGUAGACAUACUUCUGAAAGUGCAAUGGUUCAGCUCAAAAAAUGAGCUCUCUAGAAAACAUCUGGUGCAGUACCUGUCAGGUAAAAGUGACAUUUCACUCGACAAAGACCAUGAAGAAUUCUGUAUUGUCCUCAAAGAUUUUAGAUAUUUUCUCACCAAGGUAAAAUCAUAUUUGCGAUCAGCUUUUGAUUUCUUCGGUGUUUACUUUGUGCACAUGAAACAGAAGAACAUCCUUAAGGAAAGUGCCGAAUUCAAAACACGUACAAAGGUUAAAGAUUUGUACAAUAAGUACAUACAAUUUUUCUGUGACCAAGAUCUCAUUAAGCUCAUAAAUAAUGAGGGAUCGCAUAAGACUAACCAUUCACUGCUUUCAGAAAAGUACAGGGCAGGCCUAGAGGCUUACAAAGCUCUCAAUUUUCCAGGCAUAUUAGAAUAUCUUACCGAUCAUGGAAAAGGGGGAGCUGAAAUGGAAGCCAUAGUACAGGCAUACCAGUAUCUGCUAAAGAAUGGCACAGAUAAAUAUUCAAUAAAAGACAAAGAGAAUUUCAUCCUGGCAAACAUUGUGCUUCAAUGUAUAUAUCCUAAUUCUAAACAUAUUUGUUCAAUAGAUUCUUUGAAACAAUACCUCAGAGAGGUUUUACAGAAGGUUGGCUUUGAACAUGAAAAUUAUGAACCCUACUUCUUAGCUGUGCUACUUUUCUGGCCCCAAAACAUGCAUCAAUUGGAUGCAGACUCUAAAAACCUCGAGAAGUGUGUGAAUGCCAUGAGGAAAUCUUUUAGAGGACACAAUAGGUAUAUGUGCCAUGCCAAGCAACCGAUUGCCCAUUUUUAUUUAGGCCAAAAUAAGGGUUUAAAAAAAAUAAUUCAUAAAGGCAAAAUUGACCAGUACUUUUCUGAGGUGGCAGAUUUAAAUACCCUCUGGCAGUGUGGAGAUAUUUGGAAAGAAAAAGAAACUGCAAAUCUUCUCAUGCGGGUAAAGGGCAGGACUGGAGAGAAAACCGUUUUUGUGGAAUGUGGCAGUUCAGAAACAAUUAAGAUUCCAGUGAGACCUGUUUACCUUGGACAGCUGAGAAGCGGAAGAAGUAUUGAGCGGGUGUCUUUUUUUCUGGGAUUUUCCAUUGAUGGUCCCAUAGCAUACAACAUAGAAAGCAUAUAAACUCAUUUGUUUUGGGACUUUUUCUGACUCCCCCAGGCAUAUCUAUAAUAUCUACAGAUCAAAAAGAGGUAAAAAAAAAAAAA